GGCUGCUUUUGAAUGGUUUUUGCAAGAUCUUGAACUUGGAAAGAAAUAUAUGAUGUGUCACGUGUGUAUCAACUUGAAAUUCCCCUCAUUUGCGAGCUGGUCGUGACUCCUUCCACAUUGUCGUCAACAUGGCAAAAUCAACUAGAUCAAAAGUAAAGCGCUCAUUCCGAGCAAAAAAACGCGACGAAGGUGUAUACGCAGCAACUGAGGCUGCACGUCUGCAAAGACUCAAUUCUAAAUUGAUGGCGAAAAUUGAUGAUGGAGAUAAGGAAUUAGCAGAACCGGUGGAAGGUGAUGAUAAUGCGCAAGAUGCCAUGGAACUCGAUGAUUCUGAAAAGUUGUCAACAACAAAACCAUCGCGCAUUUCGACUCACGGUUCAAGGAACUCGCGAAGGGAGGAGUGGAGAAAGUCAAAAGGCAUGACGCCUGUACCGAAGUCGACGAGAAUGAACCGCCAGGGACUACCAGCAGCGCGGCGGAGGUCUGGGCGCCCGUCACGUCGGCGAUGAUGCGUGGUCAAUGGCGUACCACCCUAUGAGUGCAGGUUGCCUUACUUAUCGCCAUGUCAUCCGUAUACCACCAAAAGCAUUAUAUUUGCAAUAACAAAAUUCGAGGUCUAUCUCCAUACUAUUAUCUCUG